CUCCACAGCAGCUCUGAAGUCACCAUGAUCCGUGCCUGCGUCCUCUUGGCUCUUGCCACCAGCGCUUUCGCUGGCUACACCGGCUACGGCCUUGGCCACGGCUACGGUCUUGGCUAUGGCUACGGUGGUCUUGGAUACGGCUAUGGUCUCGGCUACGCCGGCUACGCUCCAGCUGUGCACACCGUCGCUCACGCUGCCCCAGCCGUCGCCACCGUCGCCCACGCUCCAGUCGCCGCCUACGCUGCUGCUCCAGUUGUUGCCGCUGCUCCAGCCGUGACCAGGGUUGCCGCCACCUACGCCGCUGCUCCAGCCGUCACCAGGGUUGCUGCCACCUACCACGCUCCAGCCGUUGCCACCUAUGCUGCUGCUCCAGUUGCCGCCUACCAUGCCGCCCCAGCUGUUGCCACGUAUGCCGCUGCUCCAGCUUUCGCCAGCUACGCUGCUGCUCCAGCCGUGACCAAGGUUGCCACCGUGGCUCACGCUCCAUUCGCCACCUACGCUGCUGCUCCAGCCGUCGCCACCUACGCUGCUGCCCCAGCUGUUGCCACCACCACCGUCCACCACGCCCCAGCUGUGGCCACUGUUGCCCACGCUGCCCCAGCUGUCGCUGCUUACCACGCCGCUCCAGUCUACAACUACGGUGUCGGAACCCUUGGUUACGGCGUUGGCCACUACGGCUACGGCCAUGGUCUCCUCGGCUACGGUCUGAACUACGGCUAUGGUCUUGGCUCUCCCUACCACUACGGUGCCCUUCUCCGCAAGAAGAAGUGUGAGUACAACUUUCAGUUCUUCUUGGAUAGACCAUCCAAGUGCAACUCAUUUGAAGAACAAGACGAGAAGUUACAGUCAUCGACUUCAAACUUGCGCCAGCUCCCAUAA